GUUACAGCUUGCUUUCCCUGUUUUUUCUUGCUUUCGCCAUUUCUCGUUCAUCCCAACAUAUGCAAUUAAAAUCUAAUUAUUCAAGUUUGUCCCCUGUUUUUUUGUUCUCUAAAGACAUUCAAGGUGAUUGGGCAAUGAUUCAAACAGUGGGGAAGGGUUCUGAUUCCUGCCAACAUGUAAAUGUGAUUCACUUGAAUGCCUUUUGUGAUUCGAUCAACAGUGAAAGUUGAAAGAAAGCAAGACUAUUUAUUUUCAGGUUUUGUGGCUUCAAACUAACAGUUAGUUUCAAGCAGAAGCAGAGGCAAGAUGCAAUGCAAGGAAGAAGAAAGCUCUUCUAAGUCAACUAGUUCUUUGCAGCAGGAUAUCAGCAACUACUUUCCUACUUCCAUCAAACUGUCUUCCUAUGUUGAAGCUCUGAGACCAUGGUCUUUCAGUGCUUCUCUGAUGCCUGUACUCUUGGGCUGUGCUGUUGCCAACAAGGCUACUGGUGAAUUCAGUCCAAUUGUGCUUAUCCUUACUGCUCUGUGUGCGCUUUCAGUUCACGCAGCUGGUAACCUUGUCAACACAUAUUUUGACUUCAUUAAAGGCAUCGACAAUAAACAGAAAAGUGAUGAUCGCACCCUAGUUGACCAGCUUCUUUCGAAAGAUGAAGUGGUUACCCUUGGAGCUGUUCUCUACGGAUUGGGCUGUCUUGGAUUCAUCGCGCUCGUCUUCCUCUCUCCUGCUCGCAUGGAACAUCUAGCAUUGGUCUACUUUGGAGGCCUUUCUAGCUCUUUCCUCUACACCGGCGGAAUCGGUUUCAAAUACAUCGCACUGGGAGACGUCAUGAUACUCAUUAUAUUUGGACCAAUCACAUUGCUGUUCUCCUAUUUGGCGCAAUCGGGCCAGACGGAAUGGGCUACCAUUUGGUAUGCAAUUCCUCUAGCCCUGAACACGGAGGCGAUUUUGCACAGCAAUAAUACAAGAGACAUGAACACGGAUCGACGAGCGGGCAUCGUGACACUGGCAAUCCUUAUCGGCACACCUGCAUCCAUCGUGUUGUUUGCUUGCCUUCUUUUCCUGCCUUACAUGGUCUUCGUGGUGUUCGCACUUCACUACUCCAAGUGGCUAUUGUUGCCUCUUAUCACUUUACCUUCUGCCUUUCGGUUGGAGAAAGAGUUCCGCAGUGAAGAUAUGCGACAUAUACCAAAAAAGACAGCAAAACUCAACUUCUUCUUUGCUCUUCUAUACGUUUUAGCAAUCGGACUAUGCCCAAGCUCCGAAUUACCUUUGUUCUCGCAUUAGAAAUGGAUUCUUGUUGAAUCAUAGAGACAGAGAAUACAACUAAUUCAUUAUGUAA